UUCGUCAUAUCACCUGUGGACACGAGGGCCUGGUGAGAGAGGGUGGACAUCACCCAUCAUUGAUAAAACGUAGAUGUGAUUAGAAGUGCAAAGUUCAUAGUCUAAAGAAACUGAGAAGCAGCAGUAGUGUAGUCAUACACAGGUUGAACAGAACAACUGAGGAGGUGGGGGACACUGAGGACAUAGAGCAGAAGACACAGGAAGCAGACACACCUACUCACUGGUUUGUAGGCUAAACAUAUUGGACAAAAUGGACAUUCUGGAAACGGAUGCAUACGAUCGAAGACAGCGCAGGGCCACGUCCGUCUUUCUAUUCCUUUCCCUCCUACCCUUCUUCCUCUCCUCUUCUGCAUACUUUUACCUGUGGAUUCCUGAAUCCAGCCCGUCUGUCUUUGCUGCAGCGGUGAAGUCCAUCCCUGUGAUCUCAUUGGCUGCCGUGGUGCUGUGUUACCAAGGAGGGAGGAGCUUGUGGGGUGUAGCUGGAGGCCUGCUCUUCUCAGCAGGGGGAGAUAUUUGCCUUAUAUGGCAUGAAAUGUUUAUCUAUGGCCUGACUUUAUUUGCUGUGGCCCACGUCCUGUACUCAGCUGCAUUCCUCUCCCACCGUUACUCCCCAGCGCCCUGCUCCUGCACCUCAGUCUUCCUGUCCAUCCCACUGUGGCUGCUGGGGGCAGGUGUGUACUUCUACAUGUAUCCUAAUCUACAGAAACAAGAGGACGCCGACGUCAUCACUCUGGCCGUGGCGGGUUACACCCUUUUAAUAGUAACCAUGGCGACUCUGGCUGUACGCACCCAUCGCCCUUCGACCUUCUUGGGCAGUCUGAUAUUCAUGGUCUCUGACCUGAGUCUCGCCCUGCAAGUCUUUAAAAUGAUUGAUCAAGCACCUGCUGGCAGAGCCGUCGUCAUGACGACUUACUAUCUGGCACAACUGCUGAUUGCCGUGGGAGACGUCACAGCGGAUGGCGACAAGGGUGGCGGGCUUGGAAAGAGGAAGAGGAUGUAGGAUCCGUUAGGACUAUGGCCGGUCAGGAAUGGAUGCAGAAUCCCAAAAUGGAGAAUCCUGCACAGCAACGUGCCCCGGACAUCACUAAUAUUCCUGCACCUUCCCCAGCAUGCAAUAAAAUUCUUUUAAAAUGAAUCCAAAAUGGGAACCAUGUGAACAAACUUUAUUGAAAUAUCAGUGUAUAUAUGAAAACAGGGAUUCCAUGUUAUCCUUGAUGUCAGUAAGUCAUGUGUAACUUAUCAGAGGCUUAGAUGAAAAGCGGAUAGUCACUCGAGCGAAAGGUGCACAGGUGUCUGUUUGUCUGCCUAAUAAAGUGGCACAGAGGA